UUUUUUUUACCUGUUGCCAUUCCGGCCUUACGUCACUUAUCAGUGCGUAUUCUUGUAGAAAAAAAAAUAUAUAAUACUGUAACAAUCGAUGAAUAAUUAUUAUAAUAGUGCUAGUAAUAAUAAUAAUAAUGAUUAAAUAAUAAUAAUAAUAAUAACAACAGUAAUAGCAGUAACGAUAAUAAGUACGAGAGCGGCAGCGUGACCAGUGCGACGCCGAAUAUCAAAAACGAGAACAAGAGGAGCAGGAGCAAGAAGAAUCCCAGACUGACCGACGAUAGUGCAGGGAAGAUAGAGCAGAGUAUAAUCGAAAGGUUUUACCUUUCCAAGUCGAUCUACAGGGAUUACCUGCACGAGAUAUUUUCCUCGAACCGCCGAAGAGGAGAUCACCGAAGAGUCAACAAAUUAUUUGUACUUAUUACAAAACGACGGUUAAUUGUGGUGUCGGUGGUGUUUGUUCUCGUUGAUAUCUCCGCAGAGGUUGACGCUCUAUCUUCGAGUUCUGUGCGGCGGGAAAUAAUAAUAUUAGUAGUAGGAUAUUUUUUUACUAUUUUCUUCCUUAGUACAUUUUAAUACGGUUUUUUGACCAACCGCCAAUAUUUACGAGUGCCUAGAUAACCGUUGUGGCGGUAAUAACAGAAACAUCUUCAGUGAUAAUAACUCAUUACCGCCAACAAUUUUACCGAAUAAUCAACAUCAUUGUAAUUAUCGUCAAAACUAUUACCCCGAAACGCAACAUCAACAAUCCGGAUUGACAUCGUCUACACAUCUCCUCAUGUUCAUCCCGGAUACUCUAAGGAGCUGUAUGGUGGAACCGGAUGUGUCGACAUAUCUUCAGGCUCCUUCCGUAGGACAGGAUGAGUUCCAUCCGUUUAUAGAAGCUCUGCUACCGUUCGUCAAGUCUUUCUCGUAUACGUGGUUCAAUCUACAGGCAGCCAAGCGGAGAUACUACAAGAAACACGAGAAGCGAAUGAGCCUCGAAGAGGAAAGACAGUGCAAGGAAGAACUGCAGAAUGAAAAAUUAGAAGUAAAACAGAAAUGGGCCUCGAGAUUGUUGGGAAAAUUAAGAAAGGACAUAACGCAGGAAUACCGAGAGGAUUUUGUUCUUAGUAUAACCGGAAAGCGGCCAGCCAUGUGCGUCCUCAGCAACCCUGAUCAAAAGGGCAAAAUGCGUCGGAUCGACUGCCUCCGCCAGGCGGACAAGGUCUGGCGGUUGGAUUUGGUAAUGGUGAUACUAUUCAAGGCGAUUCCCCUCGAGUCGACGGAUGGCGAGAGAUUAGAGAAGACAGCGGAAUGCGCCCAGCCCGGCCUAUGCGUUAAUCCUUAUCACAUCAAUGUCUCCGUCCGAGAGUUAGACCUUUACUUGGCUAACUUCAUCACCAGCCACGAGGUUCUCAAUGGAAUCUGCAACAGUAGCAAAGACGAAGAAAGGAGACGAAAAGGUGGUUAUCACGAACUCUACAACGGUGUCGUCUGCAACGACACGAUCCUGGCAACGGGUGUCUUCAGUUCCAAAGAGCUAUGGAUGCUCUCGAAAGCUUCCAUACUACAUGACCUCAGCGACAUGCAGCCCCAAAUAAACGCGAUCAAAAUAGAGCACCCGCCGUACUACUGCAGCAGCUACACACCGCCGUCAGCCGCUUCUGCGGACCAUGCACAACCUGCGGCUAGCUUCAGCCCCCCGCCUGUGCAUCAGCUGAUAAGAAAUGACAACAAGACUGAAAAAGCACCGACGGUAUCUGUCUCGAGUGCUUCGAACUUCUCGCCCGUCUUGCGGCCGGAGGAUGCUCACCGAGGCGUUGACUCUCCGCACUCUCAGACCGGGUUACAUUCUCCUCACGAAGCAUUAGCUGGUGGUUCGGGACAGAGCAUGUCGGGUCUGGCUUAUUAUCAACCUGAGCACCCUGGAACAGCAGCGGCAGCCAAAUACCCAGAAAAUGGUCACGACACUCUCUCAGAUUUUGUCACGUUUGUUUGUCAAGAGGCUGAAAAUACCCAGCAGCUACCUCAGACGCAGCUCGCUGGAACCCGUGGUGGCAUACAAAAGUUUUCACAGUAUUACCCAAGCUCGAUGUUACCGCCCCCGCCGCCUGCCCCCAUGGCGCGACCAGUUGCCAUCAUAAGGUCGACGGGGGAGCUGACGGUGGCGACGGCCGGAUCUCCGCCGACGUCGUCGACCUCGCCGAACGAUCCGGGGGACCUCGGGGCCAGUCCGGAGCAGAUGGCGGCCGCCGGUCUGGUCAGCUCCUCGUGCCAAGGCUCCAUCGACCCCGGCGGCAGGAAAAGCCCGGCGAGGAUCCUCGUCGCCGCCCCUCACACGAGUCGGGAGUACACCUUCGCCCAUUUUCACUCUCAGCCCGGUCAGCAAAUAUUCACCUACCCUACCAUCAGCUCGAUGUCUGGUGUCAUUUCGCCGACGAAUUUGUCCCUCUUUUCCUCGCCCGCUUCCGUCAGUCGACCUGUCGCCACGCAAAGAUCCGUUUCCAACGUACCGCCCCGUUGGAGCGCUGCACCCUUCAUCAACUUGGAAGACGACUACAACAUGAUGGCCCCUAUUAUCGCUGGCACGGCGAGCGAACCUCCCUCGGCGAUGGACGAGGACCGGUACUUUCAUUCGGUGCACACGAACAGUGGGAUGGAUAAAAGCGGUAAUGGCGGAAUGAUGGGAACCGAGCUUGGAGUGGGAAAUGAUCCUUCGAGUCACCAUCAUCACCAGCAGCAACAGCAACAGCAACAGCAACAGCAACAGCAACAGCAACAGCAGCAGCAACAGCAGCAACAACAACAGCAGCAACAAGUGAUGCAGGAUAAGUCUUGUCGGCCGAAGUCUUCCCCGUGACACCGGGGGAUUUCCCAUCUUCUUCAUUUCACCGCACGCUCAUCUCCGCUUGUCUGCAGCAAAAGCAGAUUUCCAUUCAUUGUCAUUUACAUAUUGAUCGUUGCUGAUCACCGACACCUGUACCAUCAUCAUUUUCCGUCGUACGGAAAGUGCCUUUUCAUCGUCACACACGCUAUUUUGAUAUCAACAGUUCUCCCUCAGUCGUCUGCAUCAUGAUAUGCCCACGUUUGCCUUUGAUAAAUAUACGAGGAGAGCAUAUCGACGGCCGCGUGGAAAAACCUGCUUUCUCGGGUUUCGAUUGAAGAACUGGCUACUUCGGGUGUUCAUGCGAAGAAUACCUUACUCAAUCCACCGAUUCAAAUCUCCAUUCGUAAAGUUUUCUUCUUAAUGACAACAUUUCCCUACAUCACCUCUGUAUGUAGAAAUGUAAUAAUAUAAUAUCCCCAAAACGGAGCUUCCAUGAAUUUCGGAACGCAGAAACGAGUUUCGUGUUGAGUCUGACAAUGCUACCAACUGACUUUGAGGUGGAAAAAUGUCACUAGCGAGCUAGUCAGUUUUUCAAGCGGAAUCUGAAAUAAGCGAUUCUUCAUGCGAAACGCAAGAUGGCCGCUUUUUCCACGCAGCCAUCGAUAUAUUAUAGUUUUGUCACCACUGCGAUAUUAUAUAGAAUGUCUAAAUUAUUGUUAAUCCGUAUUCGCGGUUUAAUUUGAAGAAAAAAAGAAUAAUAAUAAUAAUAAUAAUAAUAAACAAUAAGAGUAAUAAUAAUUUUAAAAAAACGUCGCUCUCCACGCCGGACUGAAACCU